AUGCGGCGCCGAGGAUUGCGGAGAAGACGUGACUUCUCCUCUGCACACUGGAGAUUCUGUGUUUCCUGGGUCGCACUGGCAUUGUCUCUAUUGCAGGGACUUUCCUUAGUUCAUUCUUCUACCAGAAUACAACAUCACGCACCGAAAGUUGUAGGAUCAACAAAUUUACCAGUCAAAGUUUAUGUCAGGCAGCAUCAUAACAGUCCGCAUAUUCUGUGUUUAACAAAUCAUCUGAGAAAUUCAGAAUUGAUCGACCCAAUAUUUGAAUGGCAUGGACCAAGUGGUGAUUUGGUUACAGGAAAUGAAUCUGUGACAAUAUCCCCAACAGGAACUCUUUUAUUCCAACAUUUCAAAUCUUACAUGAGUGGAAUUUACACAUGUUCCCUAGUGUUUAAGCCUACUACUGAGCAAGAAGAAAAAAGCUAUUUAAUUAAAUAUGUUAUUUAUGCUUAUUCUGAUCCUAACUUUUACUAUGAGUUUACAGCACGGUAUCAUUCAGCUCCCUGCAAUAGUAUCUAUAAUGCUUCUUUUGAAAAGAAGCUGCUUCAGAUAUUGGCCAAGCUUGUUGUGGAGCUAGCCUGCGAGGUUUCAUUAGAAAAGUCUGAAUGCCAUCAUGUAAAAAUGCAGAGAGCUGGAAUGCAAAAUGAAUUAUUCUUCACUUUUAAAGUUUUUUCUCUAGAAGCAGUAAAAGGCAAAAGUAUGUGUCAGAAAAAUGCAUGUGAUGUAUCAAGAAGAUUACGAAAGAAAAUUGUAAUACAUUUGAUGACAUUAUUAUUUUUGUCUUGUUAUGUUUUGCUUUCUUUUGUUAUAGUUGUGUGCAGUCCAGGAUCAUUCAACCCUCAUGAAGGAACUCAUUGUCUUCAAUGCAACAGAAGUCUGACAUAUGGAGCCAAACAUUGUUAUUAGACUGUUAGCAUAAUCCUUUUGCUAUGUUUAGUAAC